CUUUAUUAAGUAAAAUAAAUUAACCCAAACUAUGUAAAAAAAGAAAAAUCGUGAGCAUUUUUCUUUGUGUCUGGAGCUUCACAUUGUAGAUCACUGAUCUAUACUAACACAUUUUAAAGAGAAUAUUGACUUUAAAAGGCUUGUGGGAAAUAAAAAUAAUGUAUUAUUUUUAGUUUCUUAAGACUAGAUCUCUGUAAGAACUUUUUAUGUUAAAAUGGAUUCAUCCCCACUGACAUCAAAGUGUGAGAGAUCAGGGGAGCUUUCCUUAAAACACUUGAGUUUGUGUGUUUAUGGUUUGUAUCAGGUUAUAUCCAGUAGGAAUCACAGUGCAGCGCUAUCCAGUCAAGGAUAUUGUUCUCCAGAACUACCACAUACCAGCAGGGACAAUGGUCCAGGCCUGCCUCUACCCGAUGGGAAGGAGUUCCCAGGUGUUUGAGGAGCCGCUCAACUUUGACCCCGGCCGAUGGAGCAGCAGCCGGGAGGAAGGCCAGAGAGGGGAAGUGAUGGGGUUCCGCUCGCUCGCGUUUGGGUUCGGGGCGAGGCAGUGUGUCGGCAGGAGGAUCGCAGAGAAUGAGAUGCAGCUUUUGCUGAUGCACGUGAGUGACAGAGAGGAAAUCAAGACAAACAUAGGAACCAGGACGACAGGAAAAUGAAAAAGAAAUACAAUUUAAAUGCAUAAAAUAACAAAAGGUUUCCUGUUCUUAUCUUUGUGAUAUAGUUUCCUCAUUGCAUCAGAAGGUGGUCACCAGAAUCUUAUCAUAUUGCAAAGAAGAUACGGGUCAUGCAGUUUUUUUUUCUUUUUAUUCUGACUUUAAUUUCAGAAUUGUGACUUAUUUUUCUAGGAAUUCUGAUGUAAAUCUAAGAAAAAAAAUUAAUUUGGGGAUUUAAGUCUAAAUUCUAAGAAGGAAAAAUAUCAGAAGUCUGAGAAAAAUUCUUUGAAGUAAAUAUUUUUUCUGCAUGUCUUAUCCUUAUUCCGUCUGUAUUUCACUUUUUCCAUUAAUUUAGUUCUUUUUGUGUCCUUUUUUAAAAAAAAGAAACUUUUUUCUUUUUUUUUUGAAAAUAUGUGUCUAAAUGACAGGCAUUUGUGCCCUAAACACAUGGGUGGAUUUGUCUGAUUUGCCAUACUCUUUGGGCACAAAUAAUUGCACAAUCAAAGUUUAAAGAGCAUAAAGAUUGUGGUUAGGAAAUUAAAGAUCCACAGAGGAUGAGUAAUUAAUGUACAUUUUAUUCCUACCAGGGUUUAAAAAGUUAAUUAAUUUCUGCUUUGAAGUUAGAUUUUUUUUUUUAAUUUUCAUUUUAACAUCUUUUUUUGUUCCUAUU